CUCAACCGCCUCGGUCAUUCUCUCUCCUUGGUUACUAUAGACCCCGACGCUUUGGUAGAUCCCAUUCCACGCUCGCUUUUUGGUAUAUACAAUCCAACACCCCGACUGCGCCUCUUUCGCUGUUUACGGUCGCUCUUGAACCUAUUCUAUUCUAUCCACUCUAUCUACAAUCUACAUCCCACGCAGGGAUCCCUUUGGCCAUGAGCGCAAAGCCGUCAUCUGGCCCCGACGCCUGGGAGGAGGACUGGGAGAAACAAGCUGAUACGUUCGCGGACGAACCCGCCCCGCCUCCGCCGGAGAAGAAAGUCUCGUCCAAAGUGUCUAAGGCCCAGCGCCGAGCACAGCAGGCCGAGUUUAACCGCCAACUAUGGGCCGAAGCUGAAUCCCCCCAGACAUUCCAUUUUCUAGAAUCUCGGUCCGACGUCCCGCUUAAGCAAGAAUUCAAACCCACUGUCACCCUUCUCAGUCGCAAUCCGCAUCUGAUCACCCGUCAAUCGUCUUCGGUCGACGGGACCAGCGCCGGCGUGCAGCGAUUGGCGUUGAAUGACGAUGAUGACUCGGAUGAUGACAAGUCAGGGCAGCCCACGCCCGAAGAGCGACAUGCGAUUGCGCUGCGCAAUCGGGAAGAGAAGCAGCGCAAGUACGAGGAGGUUCGAGAGAGGUUGUUUGGGAGUCCCUCUGCCCCGACCUCGGGCGCUUCCUCUCCCCGCAGUGCCACCCCACCGAAACAGCACGAGGGUCGCGGCAAAGGGAGAACUCGGGGAAAUGGUCGGGAGAACACGAGAGAGAAAAGGGAUUCGUCUGCGACGUCAGGGAAGGCCAAGCAGCUCUACGACCCGGGGUCUCCCAAACCGAACCCCAUCCAAGGACAGCGCAAGGAGAAGCAGAGCGGGAUCCGGAGGGAUGACGAUUCCGUAUCCCCACACCAGCCGAUCCGCAGUCCUCGAGGCCCAGAUAGCAGUGGGAGAGGCGGGUUUCGAUCGGGCAGCAGGGGUGCCCGGGGGGGCUAG